AUGGAGUUCCCGUUUGAUGUGGACGCGCUGCUUCCAGAGCGGAUCACGGUGCUGGACCAGCACCUGCGGCCCCCGGCCCGUCGACCCGGAACCACUACGCCAGCCCGCGUGGAUGUGCAGCAGCAGCUUAUGACCAUUGUAGAUGAACUGGGCAAGGCUUCCGCCAAGGCCCAGCACCUUCCUGCACCCAUCACCAGCGCCUCGAGGAUGCAGAGUAACCGCCACGUUAUGUAUGUGCUCAAAGACAGCUCGGCGCGACCGGCUGGAAAAGGAGCUAUCAUUGGUUUCCUCAAAGUUGGAUACAAGAAACUUUUUGUGCUGGAUGAUUGCGAGGCUCACAAUGAGGUGGAACCACUUUGCAUCCUGGACUUUUACAUCCAUGAGACACUUCAGCGCCACGGCCACGGGCGAGACCUCUUUGAGUAUAUGUUGCAGAAGGAGCGAGUUGAACCACACCAACUAGCCAUUGACCGGCCCUCACAGAAGCUGCUGAAGUUCCUAAACAAACACUACAAUCUGGAGACCACAGUGCCACAGGUGAACAACUUCGUGAUCUUUGAAGGCUUCUUUGCCCACCAGCAUCGGCCCCCUGCUCCCUCUCUGAGGGCAAUUCGACACUCGCGCGCUGCGGGGGACCCUGCGCCGGCCGCUCCAGCGAGGAAGCUGCCUCCCAAGAGAGCAGAGGGAGACAUUAAGCCGUACUCCUCAAGCGACCGAGAAUUCCUGAAGGUCGCUGUGGAGCCUCCUUGGCCCCUGAACAGAGCCCCUCGCCGGGCCACUCCUCCAGCCCACCCGCCGCGCUCCAGCAGCCUGGGCAACUCGCCGGAGCGAGGGCCCCUCCGCCCCUUCGUGCCAGAGCAGGAGCUGCUGCGCUCCCUGCGCCUCUGCCCCCCUCACCCUACCGCCCGCCUCCUGCUGGCCACCGACCCCGCGGCCAGCCCGGCCCAGCGCCGCCGCACCAGGGGGGCUCCCCCAGGGCUGGGAGCCCAGAGCUGCUGCUACAGCCGCUAUGGCGGGCUGAAUUCCUCAUCCCCCAGCGCAGACAGCCAAGAAUGGAAGCAGGGGGAACAGGAAACAGAGACUAGGGCUGCCGGCGAGGAGACUUUGUCACAGGAUGGGUGUGGGGAGGCCCCCACGCACACGGCGACUCCACAGGCCCCGGCCCCCCCAGCCCGGCACUGCACCGUGCCGGCGGACGUGUUCAACGCCAGGGCCAUUCGAAACCUGCAGGAGCGCCGCAGCACCAGGCCCUGGUGA